ACACUGUCACACAGAGACGCUCUCGCUCUCUCUCUCUCUCUCCUCUCGUCUACUCGGUCCAAAUCUGAAGCAAACCCAUUUCGGUCUAUCUCUGAGUCUAAACCCUAAACCCCAUAAACACCAUGUCCCUCCUCUCUCGCCUCCGCCACUCCCUCACCCACCGCCGCCACCUCUCCACGGCCUCCUCAAUCCUCUCCCCAAAUUCCACCACUCCUCUCACCUCCGAGCAGAAGACACGAGCCGCGCUCUCCCUCCUCAAGUCCGAGCAGAACCCCCACACCAUCCUCGACAUUUGCCGCGCCGCGUCCCUCACCCCCAACAACCACCUCGACCGAAUCGCCUUCUCCCUUGCCGUUUCCCAGCUCUCCGGCUCCAAACACUUCGACUCGAUCAGGACGUUACUCGAGUCGGAGCUCCAGACCCGACCCGACCUCCAAACGGAGCGUUUCGUUGCCCACUCAAUCGUCCUCUACGGUCAGGCUGGUAUGGUCAACCAGGCCAUUGAGGCUUUUAAGCAAAUGGGUGAUCUAGGUAUUAGUCGCUCGGUGAAAUCGCUCAAUGCGUUGCUGUUUUCUUGCCUCCUAGCGAAGGAUUACAAGGAGCUGCAACGGGUUUUCGUUGAGUUUCCCAAAGUCUAUGGGCUUGAGCCGGAUGUGGACUCGUAUAACACGGUAAUCAAGGGGUUUUCGGAGUCUGGGUCGACGAGUUCUGGGUAUUCUGUGGUGGCCGAGAUGGAGAGGAAGUCCGUGAAGCCGAAUGCGACGAGUUUUGGUCAUUUGCUUGCUGGGUUUUACAGGGAAGAGAGGUUUGAGGACGUUGGGAAAGUAAUGGCGUUGAUGAAGAAGCAUGGUGUGGACAUGGGGAUUGGUACGCACAACAUUAGGAUUCAGGGUCUGUGUAAGCUGAAGAAGUCGUCGGAGGCCAAGGCAUUGCUCGAUGGAAUGUUGUCAAGGGGGAUGAAGCCGAAUUCGGUCACGUAUACACAUUUGAUUCAUGGGUUUUGUAAAGAAGGUAAUUUGGAGCAAGCCAAGAAACUCUUCAAGACCAUGAAAAGUAGGGGUUGCCCACCGGAUUAUGAUUGCUAUUCUACUUUGGUUUACUUCCUAUGUCAAGGUGGGGAUGCCGAGGCCGCAUUGUCGAUUGCUAAGGAGAGUAUGGAGAGAGGUUGGAUUCAGAAUUUCGGGACGAUGAAGGCGCUUGUGGAGGGGCUUGUGGGGAUUAAAAAGGUUGAAGAGGCACGCGAGCUUAUUAAGCAGAUCAAGGAGAAAGUUACAAAGAAUGUUCACAUGUGGGAUGAGAUUGAAGCCGGGUUGCCUCAAUGAAGAGUGUUGCUUGGUGUGCGGAAUUAGAUGAAACUGCGGAGAUCAAAUUGAUGAUCACGGAAUUUUUGUAUGGAAACCUGCUCUCUCCCUUGUCUAGAGUUCAUUUCCCUUGUUGAAUUAUUGACCUACAUUUGUUAUUAUUGAAUGAAGGUGGUGUUUGUUGAAGAAACUUUGUUUCAUCUUAUUCUGUUACGGGAAAACACAGUUAUGAUUUA